UGCCAGGUGCUGUGAGUCUUCUCCUCCUCUCAUCAUUCUGACCCCAGCAUAUCCUGUACUCGGUUGCCCCUACAAACUAGCUCCUAGCAUAUCUCUAUACACUGCAUUCAAUCGUCCUAUAGCUCCUACUUACUCAAUGCGUCCCAGUGUUCGUCACUCUGCUGCACAGAGCCAACGGUCUAUCUUGCGUUCGAGAUCGCCUGCAGUUCCAAUGGCUUCCAAACCGCAGCAAUCCCAGGCAGUAUACCUGCUACCGUUGACAGACGGCGGAGCACCGGACGUACAGGGCUCUUACAUUUACCUCCCUCCACCCACCAACCCUCCCUAUAAGCUUCGUCUCGUUGUCCAGGGCACGUCGUCAAUAUGUCAAAAUGGCAGUCUAUGGGCAAACAUGCCUGCAAAGGGAGAGGAAUUCAAGCGGGACAAUUACAAGGAAUACAAGCUUUCUCCAGACUUUAACGGGAACACACAGAUCGACAUUCCAAUCACCCAGGCUGGGGCCUUCGGCUAUUACGCCACAUUCUCGCCAGCUUCAGAGUCCAUAUUAGGGUCAUCGAAAGCGAGUCAACCCUCCAAAACACCUAUAUACUAUAUCGAUGUUUGUCCAAAACUUACACUGCAAGGUGGUGCCGUCCCACUCGACGCGCUUUCCUGCGUCUCAAUCCUCUCAAAGUUCAUGGGCGCGUACCCGGACGACUGGGAUAAGCACUUUCUAGGUCUCAGUGAGAGGGGAUACAAUAUGGUCCAUUUCACCCCACUGAUGGAACGCGGUGUGUCGAAUUCGCCAUACAGCAUUUUUGAUCAGCAUACGUUUGACAAGAAAUACUUCCCGAAUGGAGAGUCUGAUGUUGCAACCAUGGUAAAGAAGAUGGAGAGUGAAUAUGGCCUCUUAGCCAUGAGUGACCUUGUCCUGAACCACACAGCAAACAAUAGCAAGUGGCUUGAAGCACACCCAGAAGCUGGCUACAGUGUGGAGACUGCUCCUUGGCUCGAAUCAGCAGAACUUCUUGACAGAAAACUGCUCGAAUUCAGCAGUGAUCUCGCAUCAUUAGGUCUUCCUACGACCUUGAAUUCAGUCGAUGAUCUGGUCAAGAUCAUGGAAACAUUCAAGAAGACCGUACUGAAUGAUCUCCGUCUUUGGGAAUAUUAUACGAUGAACGUUGAAAGAGACGCAAAGUCUAUCGUCGCUGCCUGGAAAGAAGGACAGGCUGUUUUCCCCGAUACUUCAUUUGGCCCUGACGGCGUACAAAGCAUUGGCAAAGCCAGAGAGUGGUCGUUGAAGAAAAAAGCUGACUGGCUUACCGAUAACGCCCUUGUCGGGGGUGAUCGGCUUGGUGAGAGAUACCGUCGCUAUGUCGAAGCAACCACGGGAGCUGCUCUUCUGAGUGCUAUGUUCGGGCGGUAUGAUCUACACAAUGGGACCGAUGAGGGAGCUGCAUUAUCAGAGAUCACUCGGUGCCUCGACGAAUGCAACCUCCACUUCUACCGAGAGUGCGAUGCCGACUGCUCGGAAAUGAUGGAGCAGCUCUUUAAUCGGACAAAAUACAUGCGUUUGGAUGACCAUGGCCCAAAAGUUGGGCAGAUCACCAAGGAGAAUCCUCUUAUCGAGCCGUAUUUCACCCGGCUACCGCUUAAUGAGACAACGAAGCAACAUAACAAGUCCGCGUUGGCAUUGGCCAAUAAUGGCUGGAUCUGGGCUGCGGAUGCAAUGAAGGACAAUGCUGGACCGUCCUCUCGCGCGUACCUGCGCCGAGAGGUCAUCGUGUGGGGAGACUGUGUCAAGUUGAGAUACGGAGCAUCACCCAAAGAUAAUCCAUUUCUAUGGGACUUCAUGGCGAAAUAUGCGCGACUCCUGGCCAAGUAUUUCACCGCGUUUAGAAUUGACAAUUGCCACUCCACGCCAAUUCAUGUUGCCGAAUAUAUCUUGGACCAAGCACGUCAAGUGCAACCAAACCUGGCCGUCUUUGCUGAGCUGUUCACUGGAAGCGAAGAGAUGGACUAUGUCUUCUGCAAGCGACUCGGUAUCAGUUCACUGAUAAGAGAAGCUAUGCAGGCCUGGAGCACCCAGGAGAUGAGCCGCCUUGUACACAGACAUGCAGGACGUCCAAUCGGUAGCUUCGAACUGGACGAUAUCUCCACCACCAACGUUUCUACGGACCAAACCAAUGGAUCAUCAGCCCCUAUAAGUAAAGAGUUGAUAAGACGAAUCCGCCCAAGCCCCAUCCACGCCAUGUUCAUGGACUGCUCCCACGAUAACGAGGUACCUGCUCAAAAGCGCGAUGCACGAGACACUCUGCCCAAUGCCGCACUAGUGGCGAUGUGCGCCUGUUCAACUGGCAGCGUGAUGGGCUACGAUGAAGUGUAUCCAAGGCUCAUCGAGCUUGUACACGAGACGCGUCUCUACUCCUCACCUUACUCCAACGGAGCACCUAUCAAAGUGCAAGCUGGUGAGGGGGGGAUUGGUCCCAUUAAGAAGCUUCUGAACCAAAUUCAUGUUCUAAUGGGUAAAGAUGAGUAUGACGAAACAUAUAUCCAUCAUGAUAAUGAGUAUAUCACGGUUCACCGAGCCCAUCCACAUUCUCGAAAAGGGUAUUUCUUGAUUGCUCACACUGCCUAUCCGGGUUAUGGGAACGGGAACGGAGGCUUUCCUGCUCAAACCCUUCCUGCCACCAAAGCCAAGCUUCUAGGUGCAUGGAAGCUCGAGGUGGACAGCGAUCCUUCAACAGUCUCUGAAAUAACCUCAGACAAAGAGAAGCUGCGAGGCCUGCCGAGUAGAGUGAGAAAUCUCAAGAGUGUCGAUGCCACAAUAAAAGACGGCGAUACCGUCCUCACAGUUGGUGACGACUUUCCACCAGGUAGCAUCGCAUUAUUUGAGACAUGGGUCGAAAGUGCCGAGCACGCUGACGGCCUCGACAAAUUUGUCACCAGUGGAGCGAGAGAAGCUUUCAAGGAAUUAGACCACAUCGACCUGAACAUGGUACUCUAUCGUUGUGACCCCGAAGAGCGCGUCUCGACUGACGGUAAAGAUGGGAUAUACGAUAUUCCUGGUCAUGGUGCACUCAAUUAUAGCGGACUACAAGGCUGGUGGAGUGUCUUGAAGUACAUUGUGCGUGACAACAAUCUCGGGCAUCCUCUGUGCAACCACCUGCGAGAUGGUGCUUGGGCAAUGGACUAUUGUGUUGGUCGCCUUGAGCGUGCCGCGGCUGAUCCCAGAUACGCACGACUGAAAGCUCCAGCCCAAUGGCUCAAGGAACGAUUUGACGCGAUAAAGCCGAUACCGAAGUUUCUCUAUCCUCGAUACUUUGCUAUCGUCAUCCAGACGGCAUACAAGGCAGCUACCGAACGUGACAUCGAGCUCAUGUCUGACAACAUUCGGAAUGGACAAGACUUUUUGAAAAGUCUAUCGUUGGUCAGCACACAGCUCACCGGUUACAUGAAGAAUGCGUCACUGUGGCCUGAUAAGCUUGUCCCGAGUCUUUCUGCUGGUCUACCUCAUUUCUCAUCCGAUUGGGCGAGAUGUUGGGGUCGCGACAUUUUCAUCGCUCUUCGAGGUCUUUACAUUUGCACUGGGAGAGCAGCAAAUGCACGCGAACACAUUCUUGCAUUUGGCAGUGUUAUCAAGCAUGGCAUGAUCCCAAAUCUCCAUGGAUCCGGAAACCUGCCUCGAUAUAACUCUCGCGAUUCUAUAUGGUUCUACCUCCAAGCAGUGCAAGACUACACCAAGACAAUCCAGGAUGGUCUCAGUCUACUGCAGGAACCUGUCAAACGGCGAUUUCUACCGUAUGAUGACACCUGGUUUGCUGCCGAUGAUCCUCGCGCUUACUCGAAGGAGUCAACUAUUGAGGAUAUCAUUCAAGAAGUGCUGCAACGACAUGCUGCUGGCAUGAAGUUUAGAGAGUACAACGCUGGGCCCAAUCUUGACAGUCAGAUGCGCGAUGAGGGAUUCAAUCACAACAUUUAUAUCGACUGGACCACUGGCUUUGUUCAUGGUGGAAACCAAUGGAAUUGCGGUACCUGGAUGGACAAGAUGGGUGAGAGCGAGAAGGCUGGAAGUAAAGGUGUUCCUGGUACUCCGCGAGACGGUUCUGCCAUCGAGCUCAACGGUCUACUGUACAGCACCCUCAUCUGGCUUGUCGAAUUACACUCCUCAGGCAAAUUCAAAUACGACUCUGUGACGACGGAUGACGGUACAACAGUUUCCUACAAGGAAUGGGCAGACAAGAUCAAAGCAAACUUCGACCGAUGCUUUUACGUACCAACUGAGCCUUCCGACGAUUCACAGCACGACGUCAAUCCAAAGGUCAUUAACCGACGUGGUAUCUUCAAAGAUUUAUACAAGAGUGGUAAAGAAUACGAGGACUACCAAUUACGUCCCAACCAAUACAUCGCCAUGACCGUCGCCCCAUCACUUUUCGACCACACGCAUGCCUUUGCAGCACUUGACGCUGGUGACAAAUAUCUUCGCGGUCCAGUUGGUAUGGCCACGCUUGACCCGUCAGACCUCAACUAUCGACCCUACUACAAUAAUGCCGAGGACAGCACGGACUUCCACACUAGCAAGGGCAGGAACUACCAUCAAGGCCCUGAGUGGGUGUUUCCUCUGGGCUAUUUUCUGCGCAGCUACCUGUUUUUCUGGUAUAAGAAGUCAUCCACCGAUGAACAACGUUUGGAAGUGUUCCAGCAGGUUACAAAGAGGUUGAAGGGUGUCAUGGAACACUUGGAGAAUUCUCCAUGGGCUGGUCUGACGGAACUGACGAACAAAAAUGGCGAGAUAUGUCAUGAUUCGUCACCAACUCAAGCGUGGUCUGCAUCUCUCAUGCUGGAUUUAUUCAAAGACGCGGAGGAUCUAUCGAAGGGUUAUCUCUGAAGAGCAUGAAAAGAAGUGAUCCACAAGACAUGCAAGCACUUCUUGCUUAUGUUGCGUACAGAACGAACUGCCUCAACGAGUUGCGCUGUGAAGCGACACGUGUCAGAUGAGUAGGCAGGAGGUCCAAUGUAUGGAGUAAUUGGUAGAACGGCCUAGAAGAGGC